AUGUAUGCUAGUGUGCGCUCAGCUUAUUAUUAUUAUUUCAGCGAUAAUCUGGAGGAGAUUGAGGACGAAACGUUCGACGAGGAGAAAUCUGCGAGAACUUCGGAUGAAAAUCGAAAGCAAAACCACAGUGAAAUCGAAAAACGGCGGCGGGAUAAGAUGAACACUUACAUCAAUGAGCUCUCCUCCAUGAUUCCCAUGUGCUACGCCAUGCAGCGGAAGCUGGACAAGCUGACAGUUCUCCGGAUGGCGGUACAACACCUCCGUGGGAUACGCGGAAGCGGCAGCCUUCAUCCCUUCAAUGUGUCAGACUACCGGCCUAGUUUUCUAUCGGACCAGGAGCUUAAAAUGAUCAUUCUGCAGGCCUCGGAAGGGUUUCUAUUCGUUGUGGGUUGUGAUAGGGGACGCAUCCUUUAUGUCUCCGAAUCAGUGUCCAAUGUGCUCAACUGCACUCAGGCAGAAUUGCUUGGACAGAGCUGGUUUGACGUAUUGCAUCCUAAGGACAUUGGUAAGGUCAAAGAGCAACUUUCAUCGCUGGAACAGUGUCCUAGGGAGCGACUCAUCGAUGCAAAGACCAUGUUGCCGGUAAAAACAGACGUGCCGCAAAGCUUGUGCCGUUUAUGUCCAGGUGCCCGGCGUUCAUUCUUUUGUCGCAUGAAACUGCGGGCCACCAACAACCAAAUAAAGGAGGAAUCGGACACUUCAUCCAGCUCGCGCAGCUCCACCAAGCGAAAGUCCAAGUUGAGUACGGGUCAUAAAUACCGGGUUAUUCAAUGUACUGGCUACCUCAAGUCCUGGACGCCUAUCAAAGACGAGGAACAGGAUGGUGACAGCGAUGAGCAAACGACUAAUCUUUCGUGUCUGGUGGCCAUUGGUCGCAUCCCACCAAACGUUCAUAAUUCCACAGUUCCUGCCUCGCUGGACAAUCAUCCCAACAUUCGGCACGUGCUCUUUUUAUCCCGGCACUCGGGUGAGGGCAAAUUCCUGUUUAUAGACCAGCGUGCCACCCUCGUGAUUGGAUUCCUUCCACAAGAGAUCCUGGGCACCAGCUUUUACGAGUACUUCCACAAUGAAGACAUCGCCGCCUUGAUGGAGUCUCACAAAAUGGUUAUGCAGGUGCCAGAAAAGGUUACCACGCAGGUCUAUAGAUUCCGCUGCAAGGAUAAUAGCUUCAUCCAACUGCAGAGCGAGUGGCGGGCAUUUAAAAAUCCAUGGACGAACGAAAUUGACUACAUAAUUGCCAAAAAUUCGGUGUUUCUAUAAGGUCAUUAGAAAGAGAAACGACCUAUGCAUUAGUUUACAUUCCCAAAGAUCAUCUCCCGAUGUUGAGUAAUGAUGUACAAACACUUAUUCUGAUAAGCCAUACUUUUGUACCAAAAUAAUUUAAUUAAAGUUAAAAGAAUUUUAAACAAUUCAA